GGUUGAUAGCCUAUAUUAUGUUUGCUUUUGUCAAGUACUUAGGAGAAUAGUAGACAAGGCCCACAAUCUAGCAAUCAUUGUUAGAAAGGGCCUUGGGUAGCUUUGAGCUUUGUUUCCCCUUUGCCAAAAAAAAAAAAUCAAUUUCCAGUGCUUUGAGAGGUGAUUGUUUACAGUAUUUCCUUUAAAAAAAUACCAAAAAAAAAAAAAAAGUUGCAUCGCAUAGACUUCAUGUACUAGUAACAAUCCUACUUCGUAAAUUUUGUACAAGGCCUAGUGUUGUGAUUAGCCACGUGGGUAUUAAAUGAAAGACGGAGUAUCCAUCAAAACAAUCAGAUCCCGGUGUAGAAACGUUUAACCGUUGUAGGCUAGAAUGGAGGGAGUACUUAUAAUCUUUUAUGUCUUGUUAUAAAGAACCCCUUAAACCCUUAAACCCAGAAAAUCGAAAGUGAUUCUUCGAACUUUCAAGUCUCAAAUCUUCUCCUUCAUUCACUUAUCAAUUACAAGUAUCACGCUUUUCCCUUCUCUGUAUAAUUCUCAAGAAAUAUAUGGAGCCACAUACAUCAUUGAUAAAACAAAUCGAAUCCUUUGUUGAUUCUUCAGCCACCUCUGCUCAACAGAUUGCAAGUGUGAAUUCAAUUGUUUCUCUGUUGAAGAAUGACUCAAUUACAAUGGAGUUUUUGGUUAAGGAAAUGGAGCUGUAUUUGACCACCACUGACCAUAUUCUUCGUGCAAGAGGUAUACUUCUCCUUGCAGAAGUGCUUGGGCAUCUUCAAACAAAGCCGCUAGAUAGAACUACUAUACACACCUUAGUAGGAUUCUUCAGUGAGAGACUGGCAGAUUGGAGAGCAUUACGUGGAGCACUUGUUGGUUGUCUGGCCCUUGUGAGAAGAAAAUUUAAUGCAGGUGUGAUCACUGGAACUGAUGCUAAGAUUUUGGCCCAGUCCUUUUUGGAAAACUUACAGGUGCAAUCUCUGGGACAACAUGACAGGAAGCUGUGCUUUGAAUUUCUAGAAGGCCUUCUUAAUCGUUACCCAGAAUCGAUUUCCACACUGGGUGACCACGUUGUUUAUGGUGUCUGUGAAGCCAUCGAAGGAGAAAAAGAUCCUCAGUGCUUGAUGCAUGUUUUCCAUAUUGUGGAGGGUCUGGCACAAAUUUUUCCUGAUCCUUCUGGACCUGUAGCUAAUUUUGCUGAGGACUUCUUUGAUAUUAUUGGCCGUUAUUUUCCUAUCCACUACACACAUCCAAAGAGUGAAGAUGUUGAUAUCAGCAGAGAGGACCUUUCAAGGGCUUUGAUGAUGGCAUUUUCUGCUUCACCCUUUUUUGAGCCAUUUGCCGUUCCCUUGCUUCUGGAGAAGCUUUCUUCUAAUCUGCCUCUCGCAAAGAUUGAUUCACUAAAAUAUCUAAGCGACUGCACUAUAAAGUACGGGCCUGAUAGAAUAGCAAAGCAUGCUGAAGCUAUAUGGAACUCUUUGAAAGCUGCAAUAUGUAAUUUGCCUAGAGGCUCAAGAGAAGAUGUUUCAUCCUUUGCUUCAGAUUUAUCAAAUGGUAUGAGCUUUGAAGAGAAUGAAAUUACAAAAGAAGCACUAAAUCUUCUGCAAAAGGUUGCCUCACAACAGAACAGUGGCUUCCUGAACUUAGUUCUUAAAGAUAGGGACAUAAACAACCUUAUCAACUCAUUUACUGCUUCUGGAAGUUCCGAUUCUAUUCCACCACAGAAUGAGCAGGAACUUUGUUUUGUUGGUCGUAUUUUCUCUGUUUUGGCAAAAGCAUCAACAUCUUCAUGCAAUAUGGUGUUUGAUACUCUCUUCCUCCAUUUACUGGACAAUCUCAGGGUUCCGGCUAAUACUGAUAAAAAAGAUGUGCUAGCUAUAGAUUCUGAUUCUCCUUGCCAGAAAUUGAAUUUCAGUGCCCUUUAUCUUUGCGUCGAAAUCCUUGGUGCAUGUAGAGUGUUGGCUGUUGCUUCUGUUCAAAUCAGCUCAAGUUCAAAUUUUGUCAAUGAUGCGUGGUGCCAGAAGCUUGUUGGAUGUUCUAGUUCAUUGAUGAAGGAAAUGGUCUCUGAUUUGGUACCAAGUACAAACAAGAUCUAUCAUGAAGCAUAUAUUUCUAUUAAAGUGAAAGGUCUUCAGAUUCUGGCUACAUUCCCUGGAGAUUCUGCUCCAGUGUCAAAAUCAUUGUUUGAGAAUAUUGUGGUUACAUUGGUAUCAAUUGCCACUAAUAAUUUUGAUGUGACUGCACUAUGGAAAGCAUCGAUAAAUGCACUAACAGAAAUUGGUACAUUUCUGAAUGAAUACCAUUGUUCUGAGAAGUUGCUGGGCUUCAUGUCUACUGCUGUUGAGAGGAUGAUUGUGUUGAUCUCACUGGAUGAUUCCACAAUGCCUUAUUCUCUACUUUUAGAAGCACUAUCUAAAAUUAGUGCUAGUGGGUAUACGUUUCUGUUGAGAAUUGUUCAAGAAUGGCAAGAAGCUAUGUCUGCCAAGUUUGCUAAAGUCUAUGUUGAUGGCGAUGUGAAACUGAGUGCAGAACUGGUCCAGCUUUUGGAUUGCUACUCUAAGAACUUGCUUCCACGGUUUCACUUGUGUGAGGGCUCUGAAAUUGUUCCAUUCCGCUUAGCCAUUGAUGUUUGGGAUCAAAUUGAAGCAGCCAUGGGAAGCAGUUUUUGUGUUGAAGGAAAGCUUCUCGAUGCAACAAAGAUGGCAUUAAAGCUAGCUGUUGCUAUGUUGUCAGAGGAAAAUCAAUGGCGAAUCAUCGAGAAAGCUUUUAAAGUGAUUUCAUUCCACUUAUCUUUCUCACCCUACUUUGUGCCUUCCAAGCUUAAAGAGUUGCAAAUAUCAGAAGAUUCAGAUGGUUUCACAUGUAGAGAUGAGUGGCUUACUACAUUGUUUGCAUCUGUAAUUAUUGCACUUCGCCCUAAGACACAAAUUACUAACAUAAGAGCUGUUAUUGAGUCAUUGCUGACAGCUUUCAUAAGUGGUCAUGUGACAUCAGCUCAAGCAUUGGGUUCAAUUGUCAAUAAAAUGUCUCUAGCGAAAGAAGACACGCAGGACUCUAGCUACUUUUACCUGGAUGAUGUUCUGACUUUGAUUUUAGAAAGGAGCUUGGGAAGUUGUAGUGAUCUUUUUCUUUCUAGUAGCUCUGAGAUUUGUGAUUCUGAUGAGCUUCGUUCUAAAUUAGUUGAUUGUGUACUGCCUCAAGCCCAUUGUAUCUCUGGUCUUGCAUGGAUAGGGAAAGGGCUGCUAAUGAGGGGGCAUGAAAAGUUAAAAGACAUAACUAUGAUUUUCUUGAGAUGUUUAGUUUUAAGCAGUGAAUUAGAUACCUUAGCUGAAAAUAUAGGUGGGUUAGAGAGAGAGGUGGUGCAGCAAUCGUUGGCGAGGUCUGCAGCAGAUGCGUUUCAUGUUCUUAUGAGCGAUUCUGAGGAUUGUUUGAAUAAAACAUUUCAUGCUACUAUAAGGCCUCUACACAAGCAACGGUUUUUCUCUACUGUGAUGCCAAUUCUGCUGUCUGCUGCGAAAAAGACCCAUUCCCCUACAGUGAGAUCUAUGCUUUACCGGGCAAUUGGACAUGUUAUCACUGAUACACCUCUAGCAGCUGUCUUGUCAGAAACUAAGAAGCUGCUUCCUCUGCUCUUGGAUGUUAUCUCUGUACUUAGUGAGGACAUACUCAAUAAAGAUAUGAUCUACAAUCUCUUGCUGGUUCUUUCUGGCCUUCUAAUGGAUAAGAUUGGACAAGACACUGCUGUUGAGAAUGUCCAUGUUAUAAUAAACUGCUUGACUGGACUUGUCUCUUAUCCCCAUAAGAUGCUUGUACGAGAAACUGCAGUACAGUGUCUUGUUGCUGUGUCAGGGAUGCCUCAUACAAGAAUUUAUCCAAUGCGGUUACAGGUGCUAAGAGCUUUGUCCAAGGUUCUUGAUGAUCCAAAGAGGAGUGUUCGCCAAGAAGCUGUCAGAUGCCGGCAAGCAUGGUCUUCACUCGCAUGAAGAAUUUGUUAUUAUUAAGACCAAUAGGAGUUGCGUGAUCUUCUGUUAUUUCCACCUAGCAUGGGAUAGUAAUUUAUCUUGGUGGAGGCUGUAUCAUGAGAUGAUGAGAAAUCAGCAAGAAAAGCUGAACGAAUUUAGAGGUCUUCUGGAAACAUCAGCUCAACUCACAUCAGCUGAUCAAUGGGCGAGGUUGUGUAAAUUUGAAACUGUGUAAAUGUUUCAUUGUCUUGUUACCUAUCAGUAUAUGGUGUGAAACAAGUCCAUUACAUUUUGGCACUGAUGAUUAAUGUGAAGUUACUAUGACUUGUAGCUGCAAGAUCAACCUCAUUAUUCAUCAUAUUCUUUUUGUCGCGACUAAUUUUAGAGUUGGCUUGAGUUUUCUUCCGUAUGUAGGUACCACCUACACUUCUUUUCACUAGGGUGUAAUGGCAAUGAGGACUGGGAAGAUUUUUAAAGAUGUGUUUGUAUUACUAUAUGAAGAAAGCAUAAAUGUAAUCCUUAAGACGUUAAUUAUAUCUUCUAUCUUGUUCA